AUGUAUCCAAGAGUCCUUACCACAGCCUGCGUGUUCCUCGCCGGAUAUGCCGUCGCAACGACCCAUCCAGGCGAGUCGGCAAAAGCACCAGCGUCAGCAACAUCGGCAGCCGCAUCCGCAUACCAAACCUACCACGCCGUCCAAGUAGGAACAGCCGAUGGCGCCCUGGUAUUCUCACCCGACAACAUAAAAGCAAAGAUCGGCGACGUCGUGCAAUUCCAGUUCCGGCCAGCGAGCCACUCCGUCGUACAAUCCACCUUCGACCAGCCAUGCGUGCCUAUCCGCAACGUAAUGCCGAACGCGACAGAUGCCUUUUUCUCCGGUUUCAUGCCGACGAACUACACUGGGCCGAACGGCGGGUCCGAGCAGCUGAUCUUCGACGUCUACAUCGCCGAUACCAAGCCCAAGUGGUUUUACUGCUCGCGGGGAAGACACUGUCAGGGAGGCAUGGUGGGCGUCAUCAACGCUCCGGCAACGGGCGACCGGACUCUGGAAAAGCACAAAGAGCUCGCCAAGGCGGCGCCCCAGAAUGUGUCGCCAGGUCAAUCCUCCGCUCCUGGCUCGUCGGUGAGCUCGUCGGCGCCCUCGUCGGUCGCUUCGUCUCUCGUGACUUCGUCGUCCGUGGCAGCUGGCGUGAGUACCGCGACUACGGAUUCGACGUCUGCAACCACUUCGCGCUUCGUUCCAGCUCAGCAGACCGUCAAUGCCGCACCUGGAGGAAUGGUGGACGCCGCGAAGAGGGGCGUGGUGGGAUUGAGCUAUGCUGGUGUUGCUGCGCUUCUCGUGCUCUAA